AUGCCGCUCGAGAAGGCGCGCCACGUAAAGUACUGGCAGCGCUGCCACAAGACUUUCCUCCCGCACCAGUACACUUCCUCCGACAGCACGCGCAUCGCUCUGAGCUUCUUCAUCCUCGCCGCCCUCGACAUUCUCUCCCCGUCUGAGCCCUCCAAAGAGGACCCGCACCUCCUCACGCCAGCCGACCGGGCCGCCGCGCGCAACUUCGUCCUGGGACUCUACCACCCCGGCGGCGGGUUCUGCGGCUCGCCGAACCACGCUCUGCCGGCCGAGCUAUACGCAGAUUGGGACUUUGAAAAGGGCAUGCCCCGGACAAGGAACUCGAGCUCGGCAAACUUGGCGUCGACGUACUUUGCGCUGUUGAUCUUGGCCAUCGUUGCGGACGGGCCGGAGGCGGCGAGGAAUGCGUUCGCGGGCGUGGACAGGAUCGCGACGUUGCGGUGGUUGAAGCGAUUACAGCGGCCGGAUGGGAGCUUCGGAGAGCUCGUCCUGGACGACGGGAGCAUAAAAGGUGGCAACGACAUGCGGCUGUGCUUCCUGGCUGCCACCAUACGGUGGGCGCUGAGGGGCGAUGCGAAAGAGGGGGACGCGGAUUGGGUCGAGGACAUUGACGUCGAUGCGCUGGUCAGGCACAUCCGCCAGGGCCAGACCUACGACGGCGGACUCGCGCAGAGCUCCCACCAGAACGAAUCCCACGCCGGCUACGCGUGGUGCGCGGUAAGCGCGCUCGUCCUCCUUGAUCGACCAUCCGAGCAGGAUGCAACACCUCACUGCAGCGAGAUUCUUAGGCAGGGCGUUCCCGACGUUUCGUUACUGGUUAAGUUCCUUGUCUACCGCCAGUUCGAGUAUCUCGACAAGGAGGACGACUCGGACGACCCCGACACCGCCAACUUUGCGCUGCCCGAAUCCCUUAACGAGCUUUCUCUGGACCCAAAUCUGCGUUUUAUGCUGGGUCAUGUCGACCUCAUCGACGCCGAGCCCUCGCGCCGUUUCAUCAUGAGCAAGACGCAGCAUCUCAUCGGCGGCUUCUCCAAGUACCCCGGCGGCCCGCCGGACAUCUACCACGGUUUUCUGGGUUUGGCCGCGCUUGCCAUCAUGGGCGACUCAGCCCUCAAGCCGUUCGAUGCGUCCGUGUGUGCGACCCAGGAAACCGUCGAUAAGAUUGUGGCCGCGCGAGAGGGGCUCAGGCAUGCAACCGAGGCAGGAUAG